ACGGCCAUUUCUUUGCAACUCAAUCAUUUAAAGUCUCACAUUGAUUUUUUUUUGUGCUCGCGAGCCUCGCCUCAUUACAUUUAUUUUUGAGUCGUAUAACUUUUCAUAAUUCUUUCAGUUAAAAAUUUGUCGAAUUAUCUGGAGAAUAUCCUAAAAUUUUAUAUUUUAACAAACUGAAGGUCUCUUGCAAGUUGUCUCUGAGCUGAAAUCGCGUUUGUAUUUUAUCAUCAUUAUCGAUCAAUAAUUUUGUCGCUUCCAUUUCAUCUCCUGCCCUGUGAUAUCACUUGAUAGAAUUCCAUUGAAGACGCGAAACAAAAAUGGCGUGCGUAACCCUUAAACGUCCUUUGGAAUGGAUAGAUCCAUCUAUGUCGCCCGAAUCUGGUUCUUCAUCACCAACUCACAUGAUCAUUUCAAAUUCACCUCCACAUCAUGGUUUACGUUCACCAAAACGAUUAUGUUUACAAUCGUUAAGUCAAUCACCAUCGACCUCAGCGAUAACAUCAUCGUCAUAUUCUAAUACAUUUAAUACGUUCAUGCCUCAUCAAACAUGCCAUUUUUCAUCAUCAUCAACAUCACCAUUUGCAAACAAUUUUUCAACUGCAAAUGCCAAUCAACAACCAAAUUCUGGUAACAAUUACAAUUUCAAACGGAUAAUUUCUUCUGAUCUUGCUGAUCAAAUUCGCGAGGAAGUUCUUCGUUUACGAUUAGUUCGGCGAAAAAUAGCCAAAGUAUCGGCAAUAGGAAAUAAAUUGCAAGAAUCGUCACUGUCAGGAUCUUCAUUACAGCAACAAGAUACAAAAGCCAUUCGCAAUAAUGUCGCAACCGAUAAACAACAUCAACAACACUCAUCGUCAUCGUCGGCAAACACAUCUACUUCUUCAACUCAUCAUGCAGCAUAUAGCUUAUACGCCAGUUUAAUCGAUGCAGCCAAUCAUCAUAAUGAACAGGAACAGCAUGAUGUACAGAUUGCUAAAUAUAAAGAUGGAAAUUUGUCUUCCACCACCCACAACAGCGACAAUAAUCCUGAUGAUGAUGAUGAUGGAAAUGAAAACAGAAAAAAAUCGUCCAGUGCUUCAAAAUCUUUGGCUAGCAUCAAUAAUAAUGAACCAUUAUUCACAUUCAACCACGUUGUUUUGAUUGUAGAAAGAAUCUUACGUGAAAAAGAGGAAUCGAUACGCCGUGAAUAUGAUGCCAUAUUAUCACAACGUUUGGCUGAUCAAUAUGAUCAAUUUGUUAAAUUUUCUUAUGAUCAAAUCCAACGACGCUUUGAUUCACAAUCAUUGCCUAGCUAUUUGUCAUAGGAUUUGAAUUAUAAUUUUCUUUCGAAAUGUACAUUUAUACAGAAAUUAUUACCUACACAUAGACAAACAUAGAGAGAUUUUAUCAUUGGAGAAUGAAAAUACUUCCAUAAUUCUCUCUGAUCACACACAUACACACACAUACAAAUCUAAAUUACAAUAACAAUAACAAACCGAUAAUAAUUUUUUUUUUUUUUGUUUCGUUGCUAUAUCAAGUUUUCAAUCUAUCGCUAUCAUAAAUUUGAACGGAUAAAAGAUUGAAAUUCCGUGUUCACAUAUAUACAAAUAAAUAAAUAUACAAACACAUCUACAUCCGCAAA